AUGCUCCCAGAAAGCGAGAAAGACAUGAAAAUCCGAGAGGUCCAAGACAACCACGAGCGCUUUGAAGUUUCCCACAAAGACGAGGAGGCCGGAGAUAUCUUGGAAGAAACCGCGGCUGAUAAUGAUGGGAUCUUUCCCGACGGUGGUAUCCAAGCCUGGCGUACUGCUCUGGGAGGGUUCCUGGCAUUCAUUGCCAGCAUCGGUUACUUGAGUGGUGGAUCUGUUUUCCAGAGCUAUUUCCAGACCAUCAUCCUCCCAGACUCCAGCCCAUCCGAUCUUGCGUGGAUCAACAGUGUGCAAAUCUGGGGUUGCUUCUUCUUCGGUAUCUGGUCUGGUACCCUAUCUGAUAAACAUGGACCAGCUCUGCCGCUCGCACUUGGUACCUUUUUCAUGGUUUUUGGCAAUAUGAUGUCCUCUCUCUCAACAAAGUACUAUCAGUUUUUGCUCUCCCAGGGUUUCUGUGUGGCACUUGGCAUGGGCCUUAUAUUUACACCAGCCCUGGCCAUCCAGUCUCAGUGGUUCUUGAAACGACGUGGAUUAGCCGUUGGCUUUGUCAUGUCUGGUCAGAUGGUCGGAGGUAUCAUAUGGCCCGUCCUAGCGAACCGACUCCUCAAUUUCGAAGGAGUGUCCUUCGGUUGGACCCUGCGUAUCAUCGGCUUCGCACAGCUUGGCAUCAUGUUUGUUGCCACCCUGCUUGUUCAACGUCGAUUCCGGUCCAGCGUGGAACACGCGUCUUUGCCCCUGAGACAGUAUUUUACUGACGGUCGAACUAUGUUGCUCACGUUCGGAAUUUUCUUCAUGAAUCUAGGUCUUUACGUACCAUGGAUCUAUAUCACCCCUUACGCCAUGGAACGUGGCGCCUCAUCCAGUCUGGGGUUUUACGAUGCUGCAAUUUUGAAUGGUGGCGCGUUCCUGGGCUGUUUUGCCUUGGGUUUGGUAGCUGACUAUGGUCUGGGCAUCUUCAACUCGGUUGUAGUAGCAACUUUUGCUUGUGGUGCGGUCGCCUUUGCCUGGAUCGGUGCACACAACAAUGCGGGCGUUAUAGUAUGGGCGGUGGCAUAUGGAAUCGUCUCGGGUGCGCUCCAGGCAAUUUUCUCGCCUUGUGUCUCCGAGUUGGCGCCCACGCCAGAAGUGAUUGGCUCUUGGAAUGGAAUAUGUAUUACAAUAUCUUCGUUCGCAGUUCUUGCAACUGGCCCUAUUGCAGGAAAGCUGCUUGAGAAUACCGGAGGGACGAGUUACUUUCCCAUGCAGUUAUUUACUGCCAUCUCCCUAGCUCUCGCCGGUAUGUUGUUUAUGGCAACUCGACUUUGUGUUUCUCGGGCUGUUUUUGCUUGA